AUGAGCUCUGUGCGACGGAGAACCGGCUGGGGGUGUGCGUGGGCGGUGGCAGCGAGCUUAUGCGUCAGAACGGGGGCAUUUUUUGCUUCGCUCCCCCACAGCAGGGGCAGGUGGGGUCGGGCAACUACAGAGCUGAACGGGGUGCGAGAGUGGAAGCAGGGGCAGCCUGGAGACCUCAGAGAGAUCGGCCUCCUUCCGUUCCCGGUCGAUGACGUCAUGUGUCCCGGAGAGACCAAGGCGUUACACCUAUACGAGGCACGCUUCUUGUCGUUGUUCGAGAACGCGAUCAAGAACCACGGGGGGUGUGUAGGGGGAGCGAUCUUCGUAGAUGACGUGACGAACGUAGACCCUUACAUUCGCGCGAACGUCCGCGAGGUUCGAGACGUGGUCGGCAUGGACGAGCCUGACGAGGAGGGGGAGGACAACGGCGUCGUUUCCUCCGAUGUGUUCAGCCUCCACCGACAGUGCGUGGAACUAGAGGGGAAGAUGGCGACAGCGGCCGGGGGUAACGUGGGGUGGGAGGACGAAAGCGGGAGGAGGCCGUCGCCUUCUCGAAGAAGAAGUCCCUGA